GCUUCGCCGUGGCACCUGCCGCCGCCAACUUUUGAUAAGUCGCUCAGUACGACCACGGUACUCUCCGUGGAAAAACAGUCGAGAGUUGAUUUUAAGCAGGGGUGGGGAUGAACGGCAGUUUUUCGCGAAUAGCCGGGCACGCGAUUUCGAUUGGUAUACAAGCGGAAAAUUUGACCGUGAUUGGGUUUUUCUUUGUGUGAUUUUUUUUUAUAUGGAUUUAUGAGCGGAUGAACUGAGGUGGUUGUGUAAUUUCUUGCAAAAAGAUUCAUUAAUUAGAAGCAUUUUGAACCGAACCACGAAUUGUUGAACGACUUUUUCUAAAAAAAAUUGAAAAAACAUACGAAAUUAGUGCAACUUAAAAGAGUGUUUUCUUCUGAGAAUUUGGAACCAUGGAUACAGAAAGUCCAGUAGUCUGGCCAUCUUGGUGCUACUCAGGAGAAACAACUACUUCGACUGAGAGUGCCUUGGACAGUUCUCUAGCCGCAUCAAAGUCUCCAUUAAGGAGAAAACGUAUGGAUCGUAGUUCUUCAAACAAUGGAAUGCUCUCGUCUUCUAUGGUUGAUUUUGCUCUACAUAACAAUAAUAAUAACAAUAAUGUGAAAAAUGAAAGGCUUAGUCCAAGUACCCCGGACACCUCAUCCAGAUCUCCAAGCGUAACUCCCAGCUCAGCUUCACACCCAGAUACACCUCCCGCCUCCGAAAACCCACUAUUAGGCCCUGUGACUGGACGGAACUAUAGUGAUUUCAUGAGAAGCCUUGCCGCCAAAUAUAACCAUGCCAACCCGAAUGAUUACUUUAACGCUGCAAGAAACGGUUUCCCUCCACCUCUGGAUCCGAGAUUUAAACCGGCGCCUACCCCUAUGGCUUUUCCCUCCUCGCUGUUGCCAAAUCUAGCAGCCACGCCCACGACAAAAGAAGCGAGUGUAUCUGGCAAGAAGUCGUCAGAUAUUGCGUCGGUUUUUAGUCCUUUUGCUGGUGCUGCCACCUCAAUAUUUCCCCCUUUGAUUGACAUGUCCACCACGCAAACGUUACUCGCAAUGGUCAGGACAGCCAAGGAAGCCGAAUUACAGGGUCUGUUAAAAAAUGUGAAACGUCAAGACACGUCGUCGCCGUUAGACCUGUCAUCUGCGGCAACGCCGGCAAAAAGGCCACGUAUCAAAACGCCCUCUAGGAGUAGUCCUUGUAACAGAAGCACGGCAACACCGCCCAGUAUUACGAAAAGACCCGAAAGCGAAAGUCCGAACUUGCACGAGGAUAUCAGCGGUUGGACGGUGGAUGACGUGGCGAAUUUCGUUACUGGGAUCGAUAUUUGUGCAGAGUAUGCUCAGAAUUUUCGUGAUCAACGUAUAGACGGUAGCGGUCUCCCACUCCUCACCGAAGAGCACCUCACCAAUACCAUCGGAAUGAAAUUAGGGCCGGCCUUAAAACUGAAGUCAAUUUUAGCGAAGAAACUUGGAAGUUGUAAUGUCUGUUUGCAUUGUUCGCAUUGCCAUAACGGUACGGGAGGGAGUCCCGAAAAUGCUUGUGGUGGCGGUAAUACUUCGGAUUCAGGAGGAACUUCUUGAAAAAAAAACACGAACAAUUUAUAUAAAACUUAAGCUUUAAAAAAGGAAAGAGUAUGUCAUGUCCGUUUAGGUUAUGCGACAAUAAAUACUAAUUCUUGUAAAUACUAAUGUAAGUAUUUAGGAAAGUGUAAAGAUGUAUAUAUUAAGGCUUAAACGUAAUAUAUUUUCUUCUGGUAAAUGUACUUAUAAAUAGUUUUUUAAGGAUAUUGCUCAACUGUAUAUUUGAUCCUCCAUGUUCAAGAGAGAGAGAUUCUUAUGAUAAAAUAUAUUUUUUAUAAUAAAUUAUUUAACUACUUAUGAUGAAAUUCGCAAUAUGAUUAAGCUUAAGGUUACAAGAAAUAAAUAAUAUAUCGUUGGUAUAUAUUUGUCAUAUCGAAGGACUUGUAUUUUUAUAAAUUAUUUGUACAAAUUUAAUAAAUUAUAUAAAAGAA